AUGGCGAUCAAGCACAACAACGCUAUCCCGCACAACCACUUCCACAAGGACUGGCAGCGUCGUGUCCGCGUGCACUUCGACCAGCCCGGCCGUAAGCACCGCCGUCGUCAGGCCCGUCUCGCCAAGGCCGCUGCUGUUGCUCCCCGUCCAGUUGACAAGCUGCGCCCGGUUGUGCGAUGCCCUACCAUCAAGUACAACCGCCGCGUUCGCGCUGGUCGUGGCUUCACCCUUGCUGAGUUGAAGGAAGCCGGUAUCCCCCGCAAGCUCGCUCCCACCAUCGGUAUCUCCGUCGAUGGCCGCCGUACCAACUACUCCAAGGAGUCCCUGGCCGCCAACGUUGCCCGUCUCCAGGAGUACAAGGCCCGUCUGAUCCUCUUCCCCCGCAAGAGCGGUCAGUUCAAGAAGCUUGACUCUUCCGCUGAGGAGGUCAAGGCCGCCCAGGCUGCUUUCGCCGCCGAGGGCAAGACCCAGGGCUUCGCUACCAACAUCAACUCUACCCUGCCCAUCAAGAACAUCUCCGCCGCCGAGGCCGUUACCGAGAUCAAGCGUGACUCGCUCCCCAAGGGUGAGGAGGCCGCUUUCCGCCGUCUGCGCGAGGCUCGCAGCGAGGCUCGCCUGGCUGGUGUCCGUGAGAAGAGAGCCAAGGACAAGGCCGAGGAGGCCGCCAAUGCCAAGAAAUAG